GUUUAACUGGAGGUUGGUAUUAAUACUUGGUCACUUGUGAGUGUGUGAGUUUUCUUUGGAACCUCUCGUCAGUGUGUGUUUGACCAUCUGUGUGUGACUCCAGACCGUAGUUUUUAUCGCAGGAAUUUGGGGGGUUUAGAGUGUGUGAGCGUUGGUUUGUUUGUGAAUGUGAAUGUGUGUGUGUGUGUGUGUUUGAGUGUGUGUGGUUUCAUUUUGAAACCUGAAGAAAGGAUCUGACACACUCUCCCACACGCAUACUCACUCCAUGAAGCAGUAACCCAUGCUCUCGCUCUCUGACCGACUGUCAGAACUGUGUGAGAGUGCAGCAGUGCAUGCUCACGUGUGUGUGUGUGUACGAGAGUGUGUGUGUGUGAGCGUGUGCCUCUCUGUCGUAGAUCCCUAAGGUAUCCAGACGCAGCUGUUUUCUCCCUCUCUGGUGUGUAGAGGAAGUUGGACAUCAGUGAGCGUGUGCGUGAGUGCGUAAAGAGCAGCUCACUAUGGCCAUGGAGCGCAUGGAUUUGGAGAAGGAGUCAAAAAGCUACUGCAUACGCGGAAAGCACGUCGCCAUCAUAUGCGCCGUCGUCGUGGUUACCGGCAUCGCCGUGGGGCUAGGGGUGGGACUCACCCGACCCACCUCCGACGGCGAGGGGGGAGAGGGCAACCCGAAGCCCACCGAACCCCCGAAGCCCACCUCGCCACCCCCGGCGGACCGGGGCCCCUGCCAAGCCUCCAACGACACCGCCGGUGCCUGGAAGGACUUCCGUCUCCCCGGCUACAUCGUUCCCUUCCACUACGACCUCCACCUGGAGCCUGACCUUCAGACUGACCUCUACACCGGCUCGGUGUCCAUCCACCUGAAUCUCAACCAGGACAGCUCCCAUCUCUGGCUCCACAUCAGGGAGACGUUCGUCAGCGCAGUCCCCACUCUUAAACGCGUGCAAAACAAUGGUGGGACCACCACUGAGACGGCUGUGGGGGUCAAGGGCUGUUUCGAGUACAAGCCCCAGCAGUACGUGGUGGUGGAGGGGCAGUCCCAGCUGGCCGCGACUGGACCAAACGAACACUAUGUCCUGACGCUGGACUUCCAGGGCUGGCUCAAUGGAUCGCUCGUGGGCUUCUACAGGACCACCUAUCAGGAGAAUGGGGUCACCAAAAAAAUUGCAGCCACUGACCACGAGCCAACUGACGCUCGUAAGUCGUUCCCUUGUUUUGACGAACCAAAUAAAAAGGCCACGUACAAGAUCUCCAUUACACAUGACGGUACAUACAGUACCCUGUCAAACAUGCCAGUGGAGAGUGAGGCGAAUCUCCGCGAUGGCAGGAAAAAAACCUCCUUUGUCAAGUCAGUGAAGAUGAGCACCUACCUGGUGUGUUUUGCUGUGCACCAGUUUACCUCAGUGGAGAGGGAGUCAAACAGAGGCAUCCCUUUGAGAAUAUGGGCUCAACCCCUGCAAAUCCACACAGCUGAGUAUGCUGCCAAUGUCACCAAGGUCAUCUUUGACUACUUUGAGGAAUAUUUUGACAUAAAUUACUCCAUCGACAAACUGGAUAAGAUCGCCAUCCCAGACUUUGGAACAGGAGCAAUGGAGAACUGGGGCCUGAUCACCUACAGGGAGAAUAACCUGCUGUAUGACGAGAACGAGUCUUCCUCGUACAACAAACAACGCGUGGCUAGUGUCAUCGCCCACGAGCUUGUGCACCAGUGGUUUGGGAAUAUUGUUACAAUGGACUGGUGGGAUGAUCUGUGGCUGAACGAGGGCUUUGCCAGCUUCUUUGAGUACGUGGGAGUGGAGAAAGCUGAACCUGACUGGGGGAUGCGCGACAUCAUGCUCAUUAGUGACGUACUUCCUGUCAUGGUGGAUGAUGCCCUCCUGUCCUCCCAUCCAAUCAUAGUGAGCGUGUCCACUCCGGCUGAGAUCACCUCAGUGUUUGACUCCAUCUCCUACAGCAAGGGGGCGUCCAUUUUGAGAAUGCUAGAGGACCUAUUGGGCAGGGACACUUUCAGAGAUGGCUGCCGUGUGUACCUGAAGAAAUUUACCUUCCAGAAUGCCAAGACGUCAGACUUCUGGCAAACCCAGGCCGAGGUAAGCGGGUUGCCAGUGGCCGACAUCAUGGACACGUGGACCAAACAGAUGGGAUAUCCAGUGCUGGAACUGACUGUCUCUCCCACCGAAGCCAAGCUCACUCAGAACAGGUUCCUACUGGACCCCAAGGCUGAUGCCACAACCCCACCUGUGCCCCUGGGGUACAAAUGGACCAUCCCUGUGAAAUGGCAAUCUGUGUUGAGCAACAAGAACAUGUCUCAGAUGUUUGAUAAAUCAUCUGCAGAUAUAGUGAUAACUGGGUACAGCCCCACCACUGACGGCCUCAUUAAGGUCAACAACGACCAUUUGGGCUUCUACCGAGUCAAUCAUGAGGACAGCAUGUGGAGCGACAUCAGUGACCAGCUCUUGGCCAACCACCAGGAAUUUGAUCCUGCUGACCGCACAAGCUACAUAGAUGAUGUCUUUGCCCUUGCUAGGGCGGAUUUGCUGGAUUAUGGAAAUGCAUUUAACUUGACCAAAUACCUGAGGAACGAGACGGCAUAUAUCGCGUGGGACCGCGUCUCCUCCUCCACCGCAUACGCAAGGGACAUGUUAUCCGACGACGACGACCUCUACCGCAGGUUCCAGACAUUAUUCCGUGGCUACGUCCAAGGCAUUGCGGCCGACAAGGGCUGGGAUGAUGUAGGGACACAGACAGAGAGGUUGUUGCGUGAGACUGUGCUGGGUAUUGCAUGUCAAAUGGGUGACCCGCAAGCUCUGACCCAGGCUUCUGCCAUCUUUAACCAGUGGAUUGAUGGAACUCUUGAUCGAGUGGGAGUGAACUUGCGGUUACUGGUUUACCGCUACGGGAUGAAGAACGCAGGGACGAAGGAGAAGUGGGAGAAGAUGUUUCAGAGAUACCGAGACGCCACCCUGGCCCAGGAGAAGGACAAACUGCUCUAUGGGCUGGCCUCCGUGGAGGACGUCUCACUGCUCAACAGGUUGCUGGAAUCCAGUAAAGACGAGGCCAUAAUUCGCAGUCAGGAUCUGUUCACAGUGGUCAGGUAUGUCGCGGCAAACAAGUACGGCAAGACCAUGGCUUGGGACUGGACUACCCUCAACUGGGAUUACCUGGUGAACAGGUACACCAUUAAUGACAGGAGCCUGGGCCGCCUCCUCACCAGCAUCAGCAGCAAGUACAACACAGAUGUGCAGCUGUGGCAGAUGGAGCACUUCUUUGCCAUGACACCAAACGCGGGUGCCGGGGAGAUGCCCCGCAAACAGGCCCUGGAGACGGUGAAGAACAACAUCGAGUGGUUGCGGCUAAACAAGGAAGAGAUCCGGCUAUGGCUGGUGAACAACGUGACAGAGUGACGGAAUCAAAUAACGUGAAGAGAAGAGGAGAGGAGAGAAGUGAGAGGCGGGAUGAUUUGACACUGACUGGAUCUCACUUUAACCCUGGAGGAAGCGAAGCCCAUGUCUGAAUUAUUCUUUUACCUUUUGUUUUAUCAUGUGAAUUAUGUAUGAAGGCUUUUAGAAACAUGCAGAGAAGUCAGAGACUCUGCUCUAUUCUUUUGAGGAUAGAGGCACUUAAAGAAGAUCUCUGUGGCAUUGCACUGGGCUCAGUUAGGUAUCACUUCCCCUGUACAAAUCACAGUGAUCUUGACCUAUACAAACUGAUCCAUGAAUUGCACUCAGUAUGUAUUCCAUUUAGAAGGGAAACGUUUUUAAAAAAAAAAAAAAAAAGAAGAGCAUUGUUUCCUGUCCGAUGUGGUAUGACACAACCUGAAGGCAUAGAGAGGCUCACUAAAAGCAGGUUGAUCUUGUUUUAGUCCACAGUUCCCAUGACACAGACCUGAAGCUGGAGCAGAUGGUUGAAGGAGGUCUGAGAGAGACGUGAAGUGCCUUCAUGGAAGGAUGAACUGGAUUCAAUCUAAAUAAACUGUAUAUGCCCUCUGUUUCUAUUUAAACAAUGUUGUGAAAUAUGCACUGAAAUGAUUUGGAAGAUGUACAGAUGUCAUAAAGAUUUAAUAUUUGAUUCAA